UUUGUUUCCCUUUGAAUUAAAUAAAUAACUCCAUAGUCAAACUUCUAUUUUAAAAGUAUGAGGUCGUCAUUUCACUCCCUGUCUUCUUCUCACCAACAAUUUCUUCCCUUAUCUCUUUCCCUCUCCUCUCUUUCCUUUCCCUAUUCUUCAAUCCCAACCCAAAAACUCCAUUUCUGCAACAAAAAACUUGUCGCACAAAUGUCAAACCCGACCCUGAAUCCGAACCCAAACUCCGAUCGUUUAAAAGAACUGAAAGAAUUCGACGAGUCAAAAAUCGGAGUCAAAGGCCUUGUAGAUAAGGGUCUUACUACUAUACCCAGUUUCUUCAUCCACCCAUCAGAACCACCGACCCCGGAACCCAAAACCCGACCCGGUUACAAACACUCCAUUCCCGUCGUUGACUUCUCUGCCCCUCGGUCGACUCUCGUUGACCAAAUUCACCAAGCUUCGACGACCCUCGGAUUCUUCCAGAUUAUCAAUCACUCAGUCCCCUUAGAAGCCAUAAACAGAAUUGUGGGGUCCAUAAAAACAUUCAACGAACAGCCCGAUGAAGUAAAAAUGAAGUAUUACAGUAGGGACAUGUCACGUGGAGUAGGGUACUCCACGAACUUCGAUUUGUACAACUCCAGAGCUGCCAGCUGGAGGGACACGUUGCAGAUGAGGUUGGGUCCCACACCACCGGAUUGGGAGCACGUGCCGGAGGUGUGUAGGGAUGUGGUGGUUGAAUGGGAUAAAGAAGUGGUGAAAAUAGGGGAAGAGUUGAUGGGUUUGUUGUGUGAAGGGUUAGGUGUGAAGGAGGAUAGAUUGAAGGAGUUGUCUUGUUUGGAUGCGAGAAUUAUGGCUGCACAUUAUUAUCCGUAUUGUCCGCAGCCGGAGUUGACGAAGGGGUUAACGUCGCAUACGGAUCCCGGCGUCUUGACGGUGUUGGUGCAAAAUGAGGUGACUGGCUUGCAAGUUAAGUUUGGAGAUGAUUGGGUGGAUUUGGAGCCCAUUCCGGGGGCUAUUAUUAUUAAUAUCGGUGAUAUCCUUCAGAUAAUAUCAAAUGAUGAAUACAAAAGUGUGGAGCACAGAGUUCUAGCCAACCCUUUCCAAGAACCACGCGUAUCAGUUGCAGUAUUCUUUAACCCAAGCCAACGAGAGAACUCGUUUGGACCUCUACCUGAACUAAUAUCAGAUGAAAAACCAGCAGUUUACCGGGAAUUCGUGUUCAUGGACUAUAUGAGAAGAUUCUUUUCAAAGGAGUUGGAUGGGAAGACUUUGACAAAUUACUACAGGGUUUCAAAUCAAAUAUAAGAACAUCUAGGGAAAGACAGCAAUCUUUUGUAUCAAAAUUUGUAGCUUGUGUAAAUGAUACUGUUCUUGUACAAGUGUUAUAGAGUAAGAUUACUGUCAAGUACAAUAUGUCAUCAACAUAAGACUGUAACUGUUCUGCCCAUUCGUGCAUAAUUUUAUUCAAUAUAUUAGGGAAAUGCAUAUAUGUACAAAGAGCCGAAUACAAAUGAAUUUACUUGUUUCA